AUGGUUUUCUACCUGAUCGGCCUCGGCCUCGGAAACGUUGAGGAUAUUACAGUAAAAGGACUGAACGCCGUCAGAAAAUGCAAGCGUGUCCACCUCGAAGCGUACACCUCGAUUCUGUGCUACGGGCUCGAGAAGAAGCAGCUGGAGGAGUUCUAUGGCCGCGAGGUGAUAGAAGCCGAUCGAACGAUGGUGGAGCAGAAUUCCGACGAAAUCCUGAACGGCGCCGACGUGGACGACGUGGCGAUGCUGGUCGUUGGUGACCCAUUCGGGGCAACGACACACGCUGAUUUGGUGCUGCGAGCAAAACAAAGAAACAUCCCCGUCCAGGUCAUCCACAACGCUUCGAUCAUGAACGCCGUUGGGUGUUGCGGAUUGCAGCUCUACAAUUUCGGGGAGACGGUGUCGAUUGUGAUGUGGCUGGACGGCUGGGAACCCGACAGUUAUUAUGACAAAAUUGCGAAUAACGUCUCGAAAGGCUAUCACACGCUCUGCCUUCUGGAUAUUAAGACCAAGGAGCAGUCAGUGGAAAAUAUGAUGCGAGGCCGGAAAAUCUACGAGCCGGCGCGGUACCAGAGUUGUGCGGAAGCUUGUCGACAAUUGAUUACGAUAGCCGAACGACGGAAAGCCGCCGGAGAGAAGCCGAUCUAUACGGAAGAAACGAAGGUUGUCGGUCUGGCCAGAGUCGGAUGGGAGGAUCAGAAGAUUGUCGCCUGUUCGAUGAAGGAGAUGACCGAAAUAUAUAUGGGCCCGCCGCUUCACUGCCUCAUCAUUCCGGGCCAUACGCAUCCACUAGAGGACGAUAUGCUGGCCACCUUUGCCCCCAGU